AUGGAGCUACCAGAUGUCGAAGACAAUGGUACCAAGAGAAAGCUCAACGAGGAAGAGAUUCUCGGCUUGUGCUUCGAGUUCCUCGACGCAGGGACUGACACGACUGCUAUAGCAUUGGAGUGGAUCAUGAUCGGGUGGGAUCCUGAGGUCUGGGAGGAUCCCAUAGCGUUCGAGCCGGAGCGAUUCCUAGAAACUGGUGGCGGCGAGUUCGAUUUUACCGGAAUCAAGGAGAUCAGGAUGAUUCCAUUCGGAGGUGGAAGAAGGAUGUGUCCUGGGUAUACCCUGGACAUGUUGCAUCUCGAGUACUUUAUGGCCAAUCUUGUGUGGAACCUCAAGUGGGAAACUGCAGGGGAGGUUGAUCUUUGGAAGAAACCCGAGUUUCAGGGACAGAGCUAG